CACUAGCAGGUUUGACCCCGGGCACAAGGAGGGCACUGGGGCGUCGYCAUCAGGACAGAGGGGGGCGUCAGGGAUGGGGAUAGGGGAUUUCAUGGAGAGAGGAUAUGGCKCGUGCCCUAGCGGCCGCUGGGUACUCCACAGAGGAGAUCGAGCAGUCAUUUGCAGGACGCUCCGGGAGAGAGACAGACACGCUUCAGCAGGGGUGCGAGGAGGUAGGAGAGCAGCCACAGGAGGAGCGUGAGGAUGCACCCUCUGCAGAUAUCCCCGGAGGUAGCAGUUCGUUGGUACGGUUCACGGGCCUGCAGAUGACGACGACGACGCAUCCAGUUCGAUCGUGUGUGCAGGGKUCAGGUCCUGGGGAGGUGGCAUCUGUUCAGGCACCACCGCUCAUAGUCGUGGAUUUAGGAUUUGAGCCAUCGCUUCAUACACCGGUUACUGGGCGGCGAGCUCCUCAGGAUACAGCUCGCCCAUUGGAUUUGGCAGAGCUSGCACGGGCUGCURUGCGUGACGUGACACGGCAGGAGGACACCGACCGUAGCAGACCACUCAUGCCRCCUCCUCCUCCGAGAUCACGUCACAGGGAUUCCCCCUCGAUACCAGUCGGUCGGCCCCCCCGCUCACCAUCCAUGCCCACCAGACCCUGGGUUCGUUACACGACGGUCGUAGGGAGCCUCCCUCUUGACACGUCGCUAUUCRGGAGGACGGAUAUYGACCUGGAMUCCAUGCGUCGGGUCACAGUGCACACUGCACGACAACAACCAGGUUUGCGUGGGGCUGACAUCGGGAGGGGUGCAUCGAGGGAGGUCAUGGCGGCAGUAUCUCAGCCGCGAUAUGUUCGUGGGGGUGGAAAGGUCGGGUCUACCUUGCAGSCGGCUUUGGCAGCAGCAGCACGUGCUGUGCGUGAGCAGACUUYGCGCAGGAGCGAAGUAGCUCGUCCGCGUCCCAUGCCUGCCGCGGGAGGUGCCGCAUUGGAGGAGUCUUCUGGAGCCGAGGGGUUGGGGAUGCCGCGCGGUUCACGUCGUGAGAAGACAGUCGCAAAGGUGACUCAGGUGAGUGCUAGGCUUGUUCGGGUGAGGACGGAGGCUGACCCUGUGACCGUGGUGGAGGACGAUCCCGAGACGGAGCCUGCACGUGAGGAGGCCCCACAGGAGGAUGACGAGUACAGGGACGACGAGGAACGUGAGGAGGAGGAGAGCGACAGCGGGGAUGACGACAACUACCACAACGACGACGAACCCUCCCCUCCACCACGACAUGGUUCUCGUAGACGACGUGGCUCUCGUAGACGACACGAUGACGUCGACGACCCGUCCCCUCCAGGGCGGCGGGAGGCGAGGAGUCGGAGGAGGUGAGGGUCAUCCGUUGCGAUAGCGCCGGGGCGAGGGAGUGUUUCAUCGACACGCAGCACGGGUGGG